AUGACGCAAUACAAAGUGGAGGAUUACUUGAACUUAGAUGACAGUCAGUUCAGUGAUUCUGCUGAGGAAGUGGGGAUCUAUUUGACACAAGGCAAUUUUGAUGAGAGUUUUUCUAGUCCUACUGCAAGUGUUCCUGUAAUCAUAGCAGAGGUUCCCAAGCUUUCUAGAUUAUCAGAGCUUUCUUUGUUACCACAAUACAGCAGCAGUUCGAGCAACAGGGUUGAAAAAAAAUCAGUUCAGAAGCACAAAAAGGAAAAGGUGCUCAAGACAUAUGUGAAGGCCAUCGAUAAGACGCUGGAGACGUCGGAUAGCAGUAUUCUCUCUUCAACACCUUCACCGAAAUCGAUCUUUUCUUAUGAAUUCGCUUCGUCGUUGGAUGAUGAGCGAGCAUUUUCGGUAACGGAGGAGCAUCUCCAAUUGCCUCAGGAUGAUGCAUAUAUUAACGAAAACGAUUCCAUGUUUAAAAUGGCAUUAGAAAAAUCACCAGCGGUAUCGCCUGGUGAAGCAGAACUUAUAGGAGCCCAAGCCUCCAUUUUGGCUAUUAAUAAUAAUCAGGACUUUGUAGCGGAACCUCAAGUGCAACAGAAUGAUGAGAAAGCAGCGUUGGACGUAACAUCUGUAAGGUCUCAAAUUUUUGGAGAUAUAUCAAAUCUUGAGCGGUCUUUAGAAUUAGCUGCAAUAAACUUUGAAGAGCCAUUUGAGAUAUAUUCACGGGAACAGUUUCAAGUGCCGCAGCAGCAAGAGCAUUAUGAUGAAGUGGAGGAUGAGGAUGACGAGGACGUUGGGGAAGAUGAGGAAGACGAUGAAUAUGAAGAAGAGGAGGGUUAUAGUGAGGAACAAAACUCAGGUAGUAAUGAUUCUCUACAAUUUCAGGCAACCGCACAUCAGACGUUCAAUCGUCUACACGAAAUUAGGGUUGAAAUGUUAGGUGGGCCUUCUAUGACUAGUUCUAUGGUUCCUGAAAAGAGAAGGAGAAAAUUGAGUAUUCAGCCCUUGACUUUCGAUCAAAUUAGACUAACGCACGGACUCUUGCGCAAGACAAUGAUUCGUCAUUAUGAUACUGAAGAUCUUAAAAUUCAGAUAAAGAAAGAAAUUGCCAAGGAGCAAAAAGCUAUAAAGGAUGCCUUAAAGCGUCCCGAAAAGACUCUACGCCCGAAGAAAAGAACGAUAAGCAAAACAAGAUUACAAGAUGUUUCCAUUAAUUAUCAUCAAAUAUUAAUGGGUUUGAGAGAUUUGGAAGUCUCUUUCUCUAAUAAUCACAUUUUAUCGUCAGGUUACUGGUCUGCUAAAGGUGACGCUGGGGGCAUCACUGAAAUGCGGUCUAUUGUUUCAGUGCUACGCCAUCAGUACGAACACCAGAUAACAUUCGAAUUUAUUGAUGAUGAUCUAAACCCCAGCUCUGUCCCAGAUGGUAUCAAAUUGUUGAAAUUCUCCGUAAUUUCACGGUACUGCGAACACUUAGAAAACGAACGUUAUGUCAAUGGCUGGGUUCAUUUGAUAACUUAUAAUGAUUUGAGUGAAUUGUUGGGAUUUGCAUUGGAUAUAUCCGAUGAGAUGAUUGUUGUCAAUGAUGACUCAUUAAUUUUUGAAACUCAGAAUGAACCAUGGAAACGCUUGUUGAUGAGAUGGAGGUCUAUUUAUGACAAGAAACUCUUUAUCAUUUCUGAAUCAAAAGAGAUGAUGCAGCUCAAGAUAGAAAAGGCAAAAGCACGCGGUAAGCCAUUUAAGUUAGACGAAAGAGAGAAGAUAUUAAAAGAAGAUCUUUUUAACCAACUAAUGUCUUAUAAAGGGUUAUUAGGAGCACCUUCAAAGACCGCAAAAGAUCAAGCACUUAUUAAAACUAAUAAGUUGCAGACACUCAUAAAAAUCGUUUUAGAGAAAUACUGCUGGGUAGAUCCUUCGCAAGUCCCUGAGGGUGGAUACAGAAGAUUGUUUUAA